CACCAUUAUCACUGAUGGUCGAUCCAUUCAUUGACCACAGUGGCUGACCACACGGGGCUUACAUGUUGCAGAUGAGAUAACAUUAGGGUAAACUUUGGAUGUUUGACCCGCUGCUAUAAGUGAGGACUGUGUGCCAUAUGUGUGAGACACAGACUGUAACGUUAGCUCACCCGCAGCGGCACUCCGAGUCCAACCCGUCGCUCUCCUCUAAGGUAGCUGAGGGAAAGGGAAACCUCUUCUAUCAACUUCUUGGACGUCAUGGCCCCACACCCGGUGGUCCAGGCCAUUAUUGACCUCUCCGCAGGAGCCAUUGGGGGGGCUGCAUGUGUCUUCAGUGGGCAGCCUCUGGACACAGCAAAGGUCAAGAUGCAGACCUUUCCUACGCUGUACCGGGGUUUCAUCCACUGCAUCUCCUCCACCUACAAACAAGUGGGCCUGCGAGGCCUGUACCAGGGCACCACGCCAGCACUCAUGGCCAACAUCGCAGAGAACUCUGUGCUCUUCAUGAGCUACGGCUUCUGCCAGCAGGUCAUCCGCUUUAUGGCUGGACUGCACAGUGAGGCGGUGCUGAGUGACACGCACAAAGCCUGUGCUGGCUCCGUAGCAUCCAUCUUCUCCUCGCUAGUACUCUGCCCCACUGAGCUUGUCAAGUGUCGGCUGCAAGCCAUGUAUGAAAUGGAGGCAUCAGGCAAGAUUGCUAAGAGCCAGAACACAGUGUGGUCGGUGGUUAAAUCAAUCAUGAGGAAUGAGGGACCGCAGGGCUUCUUCCAGGGCCUGACCACCACCAUAGCCAGAGAAGUCCCGGGUUACUUCUGCUUCUUUGGUGCCUACGAGCUCAGCCGCACCACCUUUGCGGAACACAUGAAAUGUGAAAAAGACGACAUAGGUGUGGCUCCUAUCGUGUUCAGCGGAGGCUUGGGGGGUGCCUGCCUGUGGCUCGUGGUCUAUCCUAUGGACUGCGUCAAGUCUCGGAUCCAGGUCAUGUCUAUGACGGGCAAACAGGGAGGGUUCUUCAAAACCUUCAUGACCAUCGCUCGUACUGAAGGUGUGAGGGCUCUCUACUCUGGUCUGACCCCCACCAUGGUCCGCACCUUCCCUGCUAACGGAGCACUGUUCCUGGGUUAUGAGGCCAGCCGGAAGCUCAUGAUGAAGCAGUUUGACUGACGAAAUAUGCACGGCACAAAUGAACGACUGGUGAACUGGAAGUGAACUAUAUAGCCAUAUAACCUCAUCCAAACUCCAGUUGAAGCGUUGAAGCUUAUUAUGUAUGGGAUGUGGUUUUUACCAUUUCCUGCUUUUGUUAACAUUACCUAAAACUGCCACACUCCAUCUCUCUCACUAUUUACAUUGUUUAAAUCCUAAUUUAUUUUCUAGAUUUAAAGAUUUAAAUAUCAUUUGUUUUUAACACUCCAACAACACUACUGCCGACUUAAAACGUAAACACGUAUAUGAGGAAGGUAUAUGUGUAGCACAGUACUGAGCAAUCUUAUUCAGCCUCCAGUUUAUUGUUUUGUGUCUACCUCAACAAAGUCGUAUGUGCACAGAAAUGCAAUUUUCUGCCAGUUAUUUCAAAUCACUCUUUACUUACAUGUGUAAGGAAACAGUUAGAUUGAGAGGUUGUCUUGAUUGCACAAAACCUUGUUUUAGCUCACUACACGAAGAUUUUAUUUAAAAAAAAAGGCAUAUAUUAAUUCAUUUAAGCUGUCUAUAACGUGUUUUCACUUAUGGAAUCAUUCUCAGUUCAGUAUGAGCCUCAGUUUUCUGAUCAAAUCUUUGCUUAUUUAGUUAAAGUGACAUUCUGGUAGCAUAUAUGCUAAAACAUUUGCUUACUUUUCAGUCAUA